AUGCCAACAAAGCCCACUUUUGUGGCCCUCGAGGGUCCAGAUUUCGAUCGUGAACACGCAGACCAGCUCGCCGUUCGACUAGAUCUCCUGCCUUACAAGACCGAAUCAGAGGCACAGGCGAAUCACCUUCUCGAAACUUUCAUCACCAAACUCAUUGCAGCUACGAAUGCAAAGGAUGUGGAUUCAAUUGUGCAAUGGGGCGUAGAGGCCAUGCAAGAGUGGUCCGUACUCAGAAGGUUCAUUCCAAGACCACGACGUGCCGUUCUCGUCAAAUUCUUCUACUUCCUGACUAUCGUGCCGGGACUCAAGAGAAAGUACAUGCGAUCUUUCAUCAGUAUGAUUCGGCAAUUGUCGUUCUUGCAAGGCGAUGGGAGACAUCUUAUCGACUCUGGCGACCUCUUGCUGGACUGGAGACCAUUAUGGAUGCGUUUCAAAGGAGAAAUAUAUACAGAGGGGACCGUUUCAGGCCAACUGAUCGAUCUUGCCUCCGCGUGCAAAGAAUUCUUCCCUGUGGCCGAUGUUCCAGAAAUGUUGGACGAGUUUUUACCCUUGUUGAAUCCAGAGACACCUGCACUUGUUGCGGCCAUUCUAUCCAACUUUGUUCCGACAAGUAACCCUCAUCUCUAUCUACCUCUGAUCUUCAGCAUGACAGAGGCCUUCAACUCUCCUCUCAUGGGUCUAUAUCUCACAGACCUCCUUGCGGGGCUUACUGAACGCCACACCAUCUUUUCGGACGACCCAAGUACGUUCAAAGAUGUCGGGAUGUUCACAUUUCUCGAGUGGGAAUUGCUAGUGUCGAAGCUACUGACGGGAAAUAUCACCCAAAUGCUCCCGUUCGACACGCUCGUGCGCACGGAUAGGCAAGGAGGCCUUCUGGGGAAACUCCACGCAAUUGCUCAGAUUAUGGUCUACUCCAUGACCGUCGACGGCGACGUGCAGCCCUCUCCAGAGCCAGGAAGCAAGGAGACUGGAAAGCUUCCUGGUCUUGUUGGCGGAUCAAAAGCUCUUGACUCACUUGCUCAAUUCAUUGUCUCCAAGGAAGUCUCCUUUCAUCCGUCGCAGAGUUCAUCGAUUACGCGUCCGUUGACCGCGAUAACCGAAUCCUUUUCCCGUCGGUUUAUCUAUCGAUGGACCGAAGAGGCGUCGGGAACAUGCAGGACCCCCAUGGAGCGCAGGUUGACCCCGGAAAUGAAAAAGCGCUUCGUCGAGCUCCUAACGACGCCAACGUUGAUGGCAAUCUUCUCCAAGGACUCCGACACCGCUGCUAGAGCUCGUGGUACCUUGCGCAACCUGGCAUACCUCGACGCCAGUAUAAUUAUGCCCCCUUUCUUGGAACGCGCGUAUAACGGUCUCGAAGCCAUCAACGAAACCCAUCGCACAACUGCCGUCUUGGUCGCCCUCUCGGAAGUGGCUCUUCCUCUCGUUUCUGAGGAGGUCUGGUUUGGAGGACAGAAGCACAUUUUGCCGCUUCUCGAACUCUGCUUACCAGGAAUCGACCUUAACGACCCCAAUAAGACGGUCGCAACAGCUUCCUUCGUUUCCAAUGUCCUGCAGACGAUUCCUAUCAUGAGUCUUGUCGGAAAGGCAGACUCAGGCGACGUUGUGAUGUCACCAUUAAUGGAUGACACGGGCGAACUCAAUGUCGGACCUUCAGAAGACCGCGAAGAGGAGCGCACUCUGGUCGUCGAGAGUACGGCCUUAUUCGAAGACUGGGUUAAAGCCUUCUUUGACCGAUGUCUGACUCUGUACGAAACCUUGCCGGAGGAAAGCGGUCGUUCCAAAAAGACGGGUGGCAAGCAAGAGGAAGCUAUGCUCAGUAGUCUCCGAGAAGCUACCGAUGUCAUUUGUACGCAGCUUUCAGACGAGAUUUUUGACACGGUCCUCAACCGAGUCUACGACUUUGCGACGACAAACGCGAAGCUCAACUCGAUGAAGGCCUUCUGCCAACUCUUACGACGAGUGGCACGGUCCAACCCUGGAAAGACGAUGGAGAAGUUUAUCCCAAUGUGCGCUCGACAGAUCAGAGUUGAAUUAGAGCAUGGUGCUGCCAGCAUUCCUACCACGAGCACGACGGAGAGCGUACACUCUGAUACAGCCCUGCUAUGGCAUCUUUCCCUCUUGCAAGCCGUGAUGGUCGAGUCGGGUAUCGCUUUGCUCACCUACAGAGAGACCCUCACGGAAUUGAUACCCUAUCUUGUCCUGAAGAUCAAGAGCGAGCGUUCCUAUAGUCUCACUGGAUCCAUUAUCAAGACUGUCUUCUAUGCUCUCACAACGGUCUAUUCUUCCAACCGACAAUCCCUCAAUCCUGAUGAAUGGGCACAAGCGUCUACGGACCGGAGCUCCCACCGGAAAUGGGGCAAAUUCUACGAGGGUCAUGAGGUCAAAGUUGAAUGGCAUGUCCCGACCCCUGAAGAGGUCGAACUUGCGCUUUCGCUUUUGGAAAACUUGACCAUGCCAGCACUUGCUAUUGUCGAGAAUCUUAUCCAGGUUCGCUCCUCCGACCGUGACAAGAUCUGGCGCAACGAUUUUGUUGGUCGUGGUCUGAUUUUAAUGAGACUCGAUACGCUGAUCAAUCUCGUGGGCGGUGAUUCGUUGAGCGAGUCUAUCCGAAAAGAAUACGACGUACCAGAACUUCAACAGCACCCAUUCCUCCCUCUUGCGAGUCUAUGCCUGACAGACCCAAAUGACCAAAGAUAUCAGACGGUAAUUGGAUAUCGCAUGAGGCUCGGGAAGAUACUCCAAGAGGCCGCGAUUAGCCUGCGAGAGGCUCAGACGGAGGAUCAUAUCGACGCCGUAUCCAGUCUUAUCACCGGUAUCGAUACCUAUCUAUUCCAUCAUGGUAUCAAAGACGACACUGCUCGACGCACCCGAUCCGCAUUCGACAAUGGACGACGGGCUUGGGUCUUCUGUCGUCGUCAAUACGACAUGCCACGCAAUUACUGGACAAAAUUUGCAGAGUGUGAUCACAAUUAUCGCUUACAGCACCUUGCGCGAUGUCGUCCUUACACAGACAUCGAUCGUGAACUAGUCUUUGAGAUUCUCAAAUUCUGUCGAUCGCCAUAUGUCAAGAUCAGAAGAACGGCACAAAAUUUAGCUCUCGCAAUAGCGAACGUCUCUGACUCGCAUUCGGAGUACGUGGUUACUCGGAUGCUUGAGUUCCUUCAGGAGGACAGUCGCGUGGACCGAGCAGAGAAAUCAACAGAUUUAUCAGACCAGAUCAAAGGCUCGCUUCACACAGUUCGACUUGGGAACUUGCCGUCAUUAGCCGUCAAUAACCCUAUCUUAUGCAAGCAGUUCUUCAUUUCACUGUUGAAUCUGGAAUAUCACAGCAAGAAUUCAAUCCAAAGUCUCAUUUCAACGGUCUUUGAUCUCGGCAUUCACGCUUUGCGUCAAGAAGUGCCCAUCGUCUUGCCAGACGAUGGGCUUCUCACCAAGUCCAUCCAAGAAGUUUCGCAUUUAUUCCCAAGACGAGACCAGUCACUGGAGGCCCUCGCACGAACCAAGUUGUCGAUUCGCUUCAACCGACUGCACGAUGCCAUCCAGUCAUCUUUUUUGGAGAUAUUGGAUAUAGCCCAGAAGCCGACUACACACUGGCGAUAUGCGCAAAUGGCCCUCAAUGCGCUGACCCACAUGAGAGAUCGAGAGAUUGUACCUCCUGCGGCAUAUGUCAAAUACCUUACAAGUUGCACAGUUCAUACUCAUCCAACCAUCCGUGCCGGUGGACGGAGUGGCCUUGAUAUGGUAUUUUAUCAUCUGCAGGUGCGCACAUACUGCAAGACACCACAUGCACUGUGGACGGCAGACGGUCACUGUUCCCUCCAUCGUCGGAUCCGCCCCCAAAACACCCGCGAGUUUCAGCAAAUUGCUUCACGUACAGUGACAGCCGACAAUGGAGAGCUGUACUUUGACGGCUCGCAUACGUACUGCUUAGGUUGGGCGCGCUGGGGAGAAGUUUAUGGACACGUACCGCAAACGCAAAAGUCUCCAUUUGCAUGGGAAGAGGCGUCGAGGCCAAUGCUAAAUGAAGUCCGAGAUGUCCUCCGCUCCGCAGGCUACUUCGACAAAUUGAUCGAGUACUAUGCAGAAGAGCCAAAUGUUGACCCAGCGAGUCUAGAUACUCGAGACGACUGUGUGCGAUGGAUCCUACGUAUCUGUGAGGUAUAUGGCACAGAGUUCUUCCCUGCAAUUUGUGCUGCCGUCGAGCCACUGUGGAAAGACGACGACCGGUUCAAGCAACGGGCCGUCCUAGAAGUCUUUGCAGGACUUAUUGGAGGGAGCAAGCAUUGGAAUCAAGAAGAAACAUCUGCGCUCUGGACGUGGAUCAUGGAGCGAUGGCCUGCAAUUUAUGCAAAUAUCAAACCGGAUACAUUGUUUUGGGAGAGCUUUGUUUCUUGGUGCUUUACGAGUCGCGACCCGCGUCGGAGUCAACCAUUGAUUGAUUGGUUAUUCUCACUCGAUUGGGACCUGGCUAACGAUUCGGCGUUUACGCUUCGCAAGCAAUUGCGCUUUGUCGCCAACUUUUACCACGCCGUCGCGCCGAGGUACUAUUUGCCGCACUCACAACGGAUUGCCAACACCUUGUUCAACAACGUGAACACGGGAUUCGACGUUGCGCAGAGAUACAUUGCGCUGAUUUUGACUAUUUUGAUUCAAUCCGAAUGGCAACCCAGCUACGAUACUACUGGAGCGCUACUCGAAGCAUGCAGGACGAGUACGGACCCAUUCUUGACGCGAAUUGCGCCAUAUGAAGCGCAGAUGACCGAGGUUGCGAGCAAACUCUCACAAUGGCGCAAGGAGAGAUUGGCACCUCCCCACGCUCUGCAGUCUGAUUUCGACAGAGGAGCCGCGACAGUGAUUCAGCUCCUGAUGGGCGGCAUCUCCGCACCUGCCGCAUACGUCUUUAUGCCGUCGCUGCAGAUGCUGCUGCCAGAGUUGAUUGGGAUCGCCGAAAUCACGGACAAUCCAAUGCUGAGUUCGCUGAGCACGACGAUUACGCGCAUGGUCUUGUCGGUGACUUUGCCCUCUGCACACAUUCGACCGCUGUUCAAUACACUGGUCGGGAUAGCGCAAAGCUCGACAUCGUGGAGGGUCCGGCAUCGGGCGUCGAGUAUGAUCCCCGCAGUAUUUUUGCGGUAUUUGGAACGGUGGGAGGAUGAAGAAGAAGUAAAGAAGAUGCUUGAAGUGAUGCUCAAGAGUCUAGAGGACGAGAAUGUGGAUAAACGGUUCCUUCGCCAAAUCCGCAAAUACGCAUUGCCAGCGCGGUCGUCUGAAACCUAUGAAAGGACGCUGCGAAUGCGACACGGCGCUAUCUUGGGUCUCUUGGCACUGGCACGGACAUAUCCUUUUACUGUGCCCGAGUGGAUGCCAGCGCUGAUCGAGACCGUGGCCAAAUAUGCAACAGAGCCAGCGCCAAUUGCCAACAGCAUUCGAAGCUUUGGGCAGGAGUUUACACGGAAUCACCAGGAUAACUGGCAUGCUGAUAGCAAGCUUUUCAACGAGGACCAGACUCAGGCACUGUCGCUUAUUGUGUCUGGAACGUCUUACUACGCCUGA